GGUGACUACAACCACAUGUAAACCAUAUUUAUUUAUAUAUCUUUUUUUUUUAAUGUAAAAGUGUCUGGAUGUGAGCAGAUUUAAAAAACCAGCAAGUGCACCACCAGCUGCUAGCAUCCACCGUCACCUUUUAUCAAUGCAAACUGUGUACGUCAAUUUAUGGUUGAACAAAAAUGUUUUUUAGAAAGUUAUCAUGCUGUAGAUAAGCAUAGUUGCCGCAAUAUUUAUAGUGCGGCACGUAAAUUUUUUUAAUUAUAAUAAUUAUUAAAACUAUAAAAGUAACUGCAAUAAAAGUAGCAAAAAGUAAUAGAGAAACUUGGGUCUGUAUAUUUUAAAAACGAUGGAUCAAACACUGGUACUAUGGAUCCUCGCAGUGGUUAUGUUAGUGGGUUCAUAUGUUGCUGGAUCCCUGCCACUUGUCAUGAAUUUGUCUGAGGACAAAUUACAGCUGGUGUCAGUUUUAGGAGCUGGUCUAUUAGUUGGUACAGCGUUGGCUGUUAUUAUUCCAGAAGGUAUCCGUGCAUUAUUUAGUGGUGCAGGUAGUGCUGAGGGUCAUACUCCAACAACUGGACAUGAUGGUACUGUUGAUGCUGCAACGGAUCUCCACAGUAUGAUAGGAAUAAGUUUAAUAUUAGGGUUUGUGUUCAUGCUUUUGGUUGAUCAAUGUUCAACAAGACGCAGCGGUGGUAAAGAAAAAAGUGUUACUGCUACUAUAGGUUUAGUUGUCCAUGCAGCAGCUGAUGGUGUUGCUUUGGGUGCUGCUGCGACAACAUCACAAGCUGAUGUUGAAGUUAUUGUUUUUCUUGCCAUUAUGUUACACAAGGCACCAGCAGCAUUUGGAUUAGUAUCAUUUCUUCUUCAUGAAGGCGUAGAUAGAAAAAAAAUAGGACGGCAUUUAUUGGUAUUUUCUUUAUCUGCUCCGUGUUUAGCACUUGUUACAUAUUUUGGAAUUGGGAAGGAGGGUAAAGAAACAUUGAGUAAUGUUAAUGCUACAGGCUUGGCAAUGUUAUUUAGUGCUGGUACAUUUCUGUAUGUCGCAACAGUCCACGUCCUACCGGAAUUAAUGACCAGGAAUAGUAAUUCAUACUCACAUUUACCAGUCGGUGAAGGUGUACCAAUUAGUACAUCAGGGUUAAAGUUUAAGGAGAUAUUAGCAUUGGUCAUUGGAUCAUUUUUACCUGCAUUGCUUACAACUGGUCAUCAUCAUUAGUUGUUUUUUUUUUUAUUUAAAUUUAUUUAUUAACAACAUAAAUAAAUAAAUAAAUAAAAGAAAAUUGCGCGAUGGAUAUUGAUCUGGAGGCAAAAGAAUAAUCAUACUUUUUUAUGAAAGCCUAGUACGGAUUUUUCGAUACAAAAAUUACAAAAAAAAAAAAAAAAAAAAAAAAAGCAAAUAAUUAAUAAAUAA